GCGCCGUUGCCGGGGAUUGAAAAGUCUUCAUGUGAUGAAAACGCCACUAAGGAUCAAUGAAUGUCUGGAUCAUCUGAACCACCUAAGAACACUAAAACGCCUCUUCAAGUCCUCAAAGAUAGACUUGAGGAAUUGAAGAAGAACCCGGACAUCUUUGACGUUGAAGUGACCACACCUCUUCAAUUUCGUGAACUUCAAGUGGAUAGUGAAGGGAAUAGAAUAGAAGGAGGAUCAGAAGCUUCGGACACUUCAGUUAAUCCAUCACCACACCAAACGCCACCUCCAUCACCUCGUGCACUUUUAGUUGUUCCACCACCACCACCACCAAUGGCUCUCACCAUAAGGCAACUCUCUACAUCCGUCAUCCCACCUGGGGGAGUGCCAACCUGCAUAACCUACCCUGCUGCAGCUGAGGGAUUAACAGCUGAUUUUGAGUUGAAGUCUGGGUUGCUUCAUCGUCUUCCUACAUUUCAUGGACUACCUAUGGAAGAUCCCAACAACCACUUGAUGGAAUUUCAGUUCAUCUGCACUAGCAUGAAGCCUCAAGGAGCUGAUGAGCAUAUUUUGAAGUUGAAGGCCUUCCCAUUUUCGUUGGCUGACAAGGCAAAGCAGUGGCUCUAUGAGUUGCCUAGUGGACGCAUUACCUCUUGGGGAGACAUGAUGAAGGCGUUUCUUGAGAAGUAUUUUCCUACAUCUCGCAUCAUCAUGUUAAGGAAGAAGAUAAGUGGCAUCCAACAAGGGCAAGAUGAGUCCUACGCAGAAUACUAUGAAAGGUUCAAGUCUCUCAUCACUCAAUGCCCUCAACAUGGCAUGAAGGAGGAGACCUUGCUCACUUGCUUUUAUGAUGGUCUCACACCAUUGGAAAGAGAUAUGCUAGAUGCAGCUUCUGGUGGAUCUUUUGUUGACAAGGAGCCUGCGGCUGGAAUGAUCCUUAUUGAGAAUAGGGCCUUGAAUCAACAACAAUUUGGAAGCUCUAGGCCCAAAUCCACCACCACACGUGAAAGGGUCCAUGAGGUAAGUACUUUAGCUCAAUUGGAAGAUAAAAUUAACAGACUUACUUCUAUAGUGUCUCAGGGAUCACAUGGACAAGUCAUGGUGUGUGGAGUGUGUUCAAUGCAAGGGCAUGUGUCUGACCAAUGCCCUCAACUCAUGGAAAGUGGAGGACAAGAAGGUGUCAACGCCAUAGGCUUCCAACAAGGUUUCCAACGUCCUAGGAAUGAUCCUUACUCAAACACUUACAAUCCUGGAUGGAGGGAUCACCCUAAUUUUCGUUGGAAGGACAAUGAGAACGUUCAAAGUGCACCUCAAGGCUUCCAACCACGUCCUCAAGGCUUUUAUCAAAAGCCUCAACCUCCUAACCCUACUCCUUUCAAUUCGAAUUUUAAUUCAAAUGCUUCUUCUUCUUCUUCUAAUGACGAGUUGAUCAAAGCACUAACCAAGUCUACUCAAGCUUUAAUUGCAGGUCAAACUAAUCAUGGGAACCAAAUCAACGCCAUAUCCACAGAUGUAGCUGAGAUGAAGAAGCAAAUGAGUCAAGUGGUGGAGUUUAUGGGUAAGUUUCAUGAGCAAGGUAAGUUACCAAGUGGCACCAUCCCAAAUCCUCACUUUGAGCAAGCCAAAGCCGUGACUACAAGGAGUGGUAAGACCCUUGUAGACCUUCCUAAGCCUCCCAAAAAGAGCUUAACGUCAACUUUAGAGGAGGAAGAGGACCCUGCAACGUCUAAGGCUCAUGUGACACCUCCUACUGCAGAACCGAAACCUAAAGGACAAGUUUCUAACUCUUUCAAUUCGGUUAUUACUAAUCCAUCUUCAUCUCCUUUGCCUUUCCCAAGCAGAUAUGCUAAGUCCAAGAAAGAUGAAGCCGAAAGGGCUAUCUUGGAAACUUUUAAGAAAGUGCAAAUCAACAUCCCUCUCCUUGAGGCCAUUAAGCAAAUUCCUAAGUAUGCCAAAUUUUUGAAGGAACUUUGCACCACAAGGAGACAAAACCGUGAGAAGGAAGUGGUGAAGGUAAGUGAGAAUGUCUCAGCUGUGCUUCAACGCAGAAUGCCUGAAAAGUGUAAGGAUCCAGGGAGUUUUUCUAUCCCUUGUGUCAUUGGAACCAGUAGAUUCGAAAAUGCCAUGCUAGACUUAGGUGCUUCUAUAAAUGUCAUGCCUUAUUCUGUUUAUGAAACUCUAGGUCUAGGUGAGCUUAAACAUGAUAAUGUUAUUAUUCAGUUGGCAGAUCGAUCUAAUGCAUACCCUAAGGGGUUAGUUGAGGAUGUACUUGUGCAGGUUGGUGAGCUAAUCUUCCCAGCUGAUUUUUACGUCCUAGAGAUGGAGGAGCCCUCUCCCAAGUCAACGCCACUCUUGCUAGGUCGUCCCUUCAUGAGGACGGCUAGAACUAAAAUUGAUGUUUAUUCUGGCGCUUUGACAAUGGAAUUUGAUGGUGAAAUUGUUGGCUUCAACAUCUUUGAAGCAAUGAGGUAUCCCUUGUCUGAUUUUUCAUCAUGUUUUUCUAUUGAUAUACUUGAUGAACUUGCGCAGAAAUUCAUGGAGAUGAUGAAUGAGGAUACUUUGGUUUCAACCAUUGCUAAUGGUGUUGGAAUAAUGAAGGAUGACACUACCAUCCCUAAGGAGGAGCUCACGGCUAAUCACAGUGAUGCAAUCAUGGAACAUGUUGCUUUUCUUGAGGAGCAACGCAUUUAA